AUGGCCCUCAAUAGAAAGAGAGAUGACCAUAAGGAUGUUAAGACUGAGGAUCUGGCAGAAAUAGAGAAAGAAAAGGGCGAUGAGUACUACGAAACUAUAUCUGUUCAUACUGAUAACACAGGUUCAUCUCCCAGAACCAUCAAAUCAUCAGAUCAAAUUACUAGAAUCUAUGCGUGCGCUACUAUGUGGCAUGAAACGAAAGACGAAAUGAUGGAGUUCUUGAAGUCUAUUUUACGAUUGGAUGAAGACCAGUGUGCUAGACGAGUAGCUCAGAAAUACCUUCGGGUAGUCGAUCCUGAUUACUAUGAAUUCGAAACUCAUAUUUUCUUGGACGACGCUUUCGAAAUAUCCGACCACAGUGAUGACGAUUCACAAGUGAAUCGAUUCGUCAAACUAUUAGUGGAUACUAUUGAUGAAGCUGCUUCGAACGUACACCAAACGAACAUCCGUAUACGACCACCGAAGAGAUAUCCGGCACCAUACGGAGGGCGCCUGACGUGGGUAUUGCCAGGAAAGACUAAGAUGAUUUGCCACUUAAAGGACAAGGCUAAAAUUCGUCACAGGAAACGUUGGUCUCAGGUUAUGUACAUGUACUAUCUCUUGGGACAUCGCUUAAUGGAACUUCCGAUAUCCGUGGACCGUAAAGAGGUGAUGGCCGAAAACACCUUCUUGUUGACAUUGGAUGGAGACAUUGAUUUCCAGCCCCAUGCUGUACGUUUGCUUAUUGACUUAAUGAAGAAAAAUAAAAAUCUAGGAGCCGCCUGCGGUCGAAUUCAUCCUGUGGGAUCUGGUCCUAUGGUGUGGUACCAAAUGUUUGAAUACGCUAUCGGCCAUUGGCUGCAGAAGGCUACGGAACACAUGAUUGGCUGCGUACUUUGUAGUCCGGGAUGUUUCUCGUUGUUCAGAGGGAAGGCUUUGAUGGACGACAAUGUAAUGAAAAAAUACACUCUGCGAUCAGACGAAGCUCGGCACUACGUACAAUACGAUCAAGGUGAAGAUCGUUGGCUAUGUACGCUUCUUUUACAACGUGGGUACCGUGUAGAAUAUUCGGCUGCGUCGGACGCCUACACUCACUGUCCCGAGGGUUUCAGUGAAUUUUAUAAUCAACGCCGUCGUUGGGUGCCUUCUACUAUAGCUAACAUUAUGGAUCUGCUCGUUGAUUACAAGCACACGAUAAAAAUUAACGACAACAUUUCAACGCCUUAUAUCGCAUACCAGAUGAUGUUAAUGGGAGGCACUAUUCUCGGUCCAGGCACUAUAUUCCUUAUGUUGGUGGGUGCCUUCGUGGCAGCUUUUAGAAUCGACAAUUGGACUUCUUUCGAAUACAAUUUAUAUCCGAUUAUGAUAUUUAUGUUCGUCUGUUUCACAAUGAAAUCGGAAAUACAGUUGUUAGUGGCGCAAAUAUUAUCAACAGCCUACGCGAUGAUUAUGAUGGCUGUAAUUGUGGGUACUGCUCUACAGUUAGGAGAGGACGGUAUCGGGUCACCGUCCGCCAUAUUCUUGAUAUCGUUAUCAAGUUCUUUCUUCAUAGCAGCCUGUUUGCAUCCGCAAGAGUUUUGGUGUAUUGUACCUGGCAUUAUUUAUUUGCUGUCUAUACCUUCUAUGUACUUGCUCUUGAUUUUGUACUCCAUCAUAAACCUGAAUGUAGUAUCCUGGGGUACUCGAGAAGUGCAAGUGAAGAAAACGAAAAAGGAAAUUGAACAGGAAAAAAAAGAAGCCGAAGAAGCAAAGAAGUCAGCCAAACAAAAAUCUUUACUAGGUUUCCUCCAAGGCGUAAACAGCAAUGAAGAAGAAGGGUCUAUAGAAUUUUCUUUUGCCGGAUUAUUUAAGUGUCUGUUGUGCACACAUCCUAAAGGUAAUGAAGAAAAAGUACAACUGUUGCAUAUAGCGUCUACGCUUGAAAAGUUGGAGAAGAAGUUGGAUACCAUUGAGAGAACGGUUGAUCCUCAUGGAUUAAAUAGGGGGAGAAAGUUAUCUUUAGGACCAAGGGGAAGUAAUGCUGGUGACCACCAGUUGGACGCUUUAGCGGAAGGACCUGAAGAAGACAAUGAUUUAGCUUCAGAUGCUGACACAAUGUCAACUGCCCCAAGGGAAAGAAGAGAUGACUUAAUUAACCCUUACUGGAUCGAGGACCCUGAAUUGAAAAAAGGAGAGGUUGACUUUCUGAGUCAAUCUGAAAUACAGUUUUGGAGAGAUUUGAUUGAUAAAUAUUUGUAUCCCAUUGAUGCUAAUAAGGAGGAACAGGCCCGUAUAUCCAGAGACCUGAAAGAACUGAGAGACUCUUCUGUAUUUUCAUUCUUUAUGAUAAAUGCUCUUUUUGUCCUCAUUGUGUUUUUGCUACAACUCAACAAGGACAAUCUUCAUUUUAAGUGGCCCUUUGGAGUUAAAACUAAUAUUACUUAUGAUGAGGUUUCCCAAGAGGUGCUCAUUUCUAAAGAAUAUCUGCAAUUAGAGCCUAUAGGUUUAGUUUUCGUGUUUUUCUUCGCUCUGAUUUUGGUUAUUCAAUUUACUGCUAUGUUAUUUCAUAGAUUUGGAACAAUUUCACAUAUAUUAGCAUCAACUGAAUUAAAUUGGUUCUGCACUAAAAAGUCUGAUGACUUGUCUCAAGACGCUCUCCUAGACAAGAAUGCAAUAGCGAUAGUAAAAGACUUACAGAAAUUAAACGGACUAGACGAUGAUUACGACAAUGAUUCGGGAUCAGGGCCACAGAACGUCGGCCGAAGAAAAACGAUACACAAUUUGGAAAAAGCGCGGCAAAAGAAGAGAAACAUAGGAACACUUGAUGUAGCCUUCAAAAAACGAUUCUUUAAUAUGAAUGCCAAUGAAGGACCAGGAACCCCAGUGUUAAAUCGCAAGAUGACUUUACGUAGGGAAACUUUGAAAGCUUUAGAGACUAGGAGAAACUCCGUAAUGGCGGAAAGGAGAAAGUCGCAGAUGCAGACCCUAGGAGCGAACAAUGAGUACGGGGUUACUGGCAUGCUAAACAAUAACCAUGGCGUGGUUCCCCGGCACCGCACGUCGACCGCUAAUAUAUCUGUAAAGGACGUGUUCGCCGAACCAAAUGGUGGACAGGUAAACCGUGCAUACGAGACAUCAUUGGGCGACGAUGAUGACAUCAACUCCAUGCGAUUACAACCAAGACAAAAUCAAGUCACCUUCCAAGGUAGAUAC